UCCUUCAUCAUGGGCCCCGGUUCCUUCGCUUGAGCAGCGAAGCGGAGCGGCUACAUCAUCAUCCUCCCCUACUUCUUCUAUAGCAGCAGGCAGGGAGCCGCCUCGCGCAACAUUACGGGGAUUUGUGGGAGGGAGGGAGGGAGAGAGGGAGAGAGAGAGAGAGAGAGAGAGAGAGAGAAAGGUAGGAAGGAAGAUUAGCAACGCGUGCCAAGGAAGGAAGGAAGGAAGGACGGUAGGACGGUUUGAAAGGGGAGGGCGGGGCAGCAUUAGAGAUCCGUGGUGGAGGUGGCCGUCGUCGUCGUCGUCAUCGUGGGGUUGAUGUUCUUUUUGGUUCGUUCGGGGGAUUGUUUUGUUUGGUUGUUGUUGAUUGCACAGUGGUCUUUCUGACCCGGUUGCUCCGCAGUGCACUCCUCCUCUAGCGCUUGCUCGGCUGCUCGAAAGCUGGCGUGGCUUGCUUGCCUGACUCAUUCAUCUGUUCCAUUCUCUGGAGGAUGGAGCAAGGCUUGCCGCGGCGACCUCUUUCUUAUUAUGGUCUCCUCUGUCCGCUAAUGUUUCCUUUCUUCGCGAUGCAAGCUCGGCAGCUGAGAGCCUGUGAGAGCGAGCAUCUCUCGUGUUUUGUUGUUGCUCUUGGAAAAGUAGAGCUCGCCCAACCUGGAUGGUCGUCUUCUGACUGACCUCUUUCCGAUACCGGGAUCGUUUCUGCCGUGCCUUGGCACGGGCAACAUUACUCCUCACUCUCAUGUCAGCACCAAGGGAGGGAGUGAGCGAGCGAGCGAGUUAGUGACGGGAGCACACACACACACACAUACACAGCGAGCUAGCAACAGAUACAGGUCGGAGAUUUCGCAGCCCAGAAAGUGGCAACGAGAUAGCACUCUCUUUGGUGGACGGCUGGCAAGCUGUUCACAGAUGGUAGAGCGCUAUGAACGAGAUCAUCGGCCUUUGGGAGUCUACGAAUUUUCACCUCACCACCCGGAUAAGUUUUGUUUCCGUCGUCUCGCGGCCAUAAUGCGCACUCUCCGGAUGUCAGAGUGCCAUAGGGCUAUCACAAGAAGCGGGCUCACUUGUUAGCAGAAAUCUGUAAUAUGAAGAAAUUCAGCACCGGUGGAUGAACCAAAGCAGUAAGGAUCCACAAGUGGGCUCCAGGAUCAAGUCGAUUACAGCAGUCUCUCACAGCAGUCUCUGUGGCAAACUGCCUGCGGAUCAGCCAUGGACUAUCCAAGGGUAGACCGGCAUCGUUCUCAGGGAUAUGACGUAAAGACGGAGAGUCCUCGUACUCCUCACUACUUGAAAGAGCAUCAACGAGCUCCUUAUGAUUCAGCAACCACACCGAGGUCGUCUGCUGCAAACGCACUCAGGUCGUCUUUGGAUGGUAGAGACAUGUCACGGUCCUCUCUCGACAUCAAAGACAUAGUGCGAGCUUCUUUUUUGCGAGAGAGGGCUCGGACUUCAGUGGACAGAGAAAGCAGUCAGCGAUCGUCUGUCGAGCCAAGGGAGCGGGAGUCACCUCGUUUUGGCAGUCUCAAGCUCAAAGACCCUCCUCGGUUGUCAAUGGAUGGACGUGGAGGAGAAGGACGUGCGGAGACUCCGAGAUCCUUAUCUUCGCCGCGGUUAUCUGUGAGGUUGAAGGAAGCUGUGCGUGCAGCCGUGGAAGGCCGAGGAGAACACCUUCGCUCAUCUAGCGAGUCGAGUGAGGUGCUGGGCGGUUCGGUUCCCAGGUCCCGAGAUACACCUCGAAGUUCGUCGGAGAGUAGACUUCUGGUCGAACUGCGGGAGUCGCCCCGUCUCUCUAGAGAUGCGCCCCGCUACUCUUGCGACGGGAGAGAUGUCCUUCGGCUGUCAGUGGACUCUUCCAAGGAUACUCUUCGGGCCGCUGCACAGAGAGCCAGAGACUCUCCUCGGCUUUCUGUCGACGGGCGCGGAUCUCCCCGCCUGUCGCGUGAACUCGUCAGCAGCGGUCACGCGAAGGAAGCAGCUGUAGUGAAUUCUUCUCAACUUCAAUCCCUGCGUUCAGAGAUCGAUGGGAGAGAUCAGUUGGCUGCGGAGCAGCGCAGGCGGGUACCGAGCUUGGUUGCCAGGCUUAUGGGGUUGGAAGAUCUGCCGGACGACCAGCAUUCUACUCUGCUCUCUACGACGCCACCGAAGAAGCCCUCAAAAGAGUCCAAAAUAUUGAAGGGUCUGUUGCAGUACACCCCCCUUACGGAAAUCAAGCCAACCACCGAGCGCAGACCAGUAGAUCUGCAUAAUGUAGAUUUCUAUAAAUCCAGGCCUUCGAAGAGUCCGUCUGAAAAUGCAGCGUCACAUCCAUCAGCUGGAUCUCAGACUGUCUGGAAGGCCAAUCAAGAACCACUUGGACACCUUAAGUUAUCCCCCAGGCAACUAGGUGUAGAAGCUAUGCCUUCUGCCUUCAAACAACAAGAGACGAGAGAAAUUGGUGCUCUUCGGCAUAAAGUGGUUCAGACUAUACCGAAGCAAUUGACGGAAGCUGUAUUGACCGUUCUGAAGCAUUCUGAUGAUAGCAAACGAAUGCCAAUGAGUUAUGCGGACAUGGAGAAUCGCCUGCGUCAACUAAGGUUACGAAGCUCUCUUCAGGAGCACAAGACUCUCAGGCAAAUCUUGGAGGCAAUGCAAAUGAAGGGGCUACUAAAUGCUCCAUCACGCAGCAAAGAAGCUUCGGAAGAGGUGAAGGAAUCCAGGCAGCAAGUUGACCCACGACAGCAGACUACUCCAAGGCAUAUUAUGUUGCCUAAAUCUCAGGAUUACAGCUCGGAAUCGACGAAGGUCAGGAAUCUUCAGGAACUGCGAAAGCUGGGAUCGAAAUUGCAGGAUCAAGUCUUUGGUUCCAAUGGCUCAGAGGGUACCAAAGUUUCGAGACCACAACUCCAACCUGUGUCGAAAGCAGGAAAUGAUGUUGAUCAGUCUCUACUAGAGGCCUCAAUUGUGGUCAUGAAACCAAUUGGCAAGCCCGUCAAGAAAAGCCGGGCCCAGAAUCCCGCCAUGCUAGUGGAGAGCAUGCCUGGUGCAAGAUCUCCUCAAGGAGGAAGAGAAAGUUCCGGAAAGAGCAGUCCAUGGGGGAGUCCUGUCAAUCGACCUGCAAGGACUCAACCUGGGUAUGGUUUCGGACGCGAACCCACGAAUCGCUUUAACUCUGAGGAGAGUGCGUCGUUUAAACGACGUGACAGGAUUAUCGCCAGAGGUGCACGGGAAAUUCAGUCUGAACCCUCAACACCCAGAUCACCGAAGCUCAUAUCUCUGCCGCAACCUACCGGAAAGCUCCGAUUGUCCGGAUCUAAAGAAGCACCAGAGAAGCCCUCAAAUAAAAUGGUCUCCAGUUCAGGGAGCAAAAAUGGUGAGAGCAGAAAUGGUGAGAAUAGCAGAAGGUCGAGAUCCACUGUCACGAAAGAGAAGGAGGAACCCUCGAAACUGCUCUCAAGUUCUUUGAGGUCACAGUCUAGUCGCGACUUGUUGGGCUUGCGAAAGUCUGCGCUAGAAACGGAGCCAACGAAGGUUCUGCGAAGGAGCAAUUCGGACGGAAAAAUUCAGUUCCCAGUAGAUAAAGAGAGGCUGGCCGGAAGUCCACCUGAAGUCACCGUUUUGCGCACUAGGUCUUCAUCAGGGAAAAGCAGAGUUUCGUCGUCUGAUAACGAGGCUCCUGGUACUCCUACAAAGAAAAAGCUUGUUUUGAGUGGGGCUAAACCGAGCGUUUCUGGAGAGAGAACGAAGGACAAAAGUUCGUCUGCCACGUCUGCUACUCAAGGCAGCACAACACCUAGAAGUUUAUCUAGGAAUAUGGCAGCAGAGUUUGCCAAGAAAAAAGAGGAGCAGAUUUGUUCCGCGGAACCUCGUAUGCAGGUACGAGUCACAGAUGGCGAUGCAACAGAACAAAGCAGUGUCCGAACGCCGUUGGUAGGACUUACCAACAGGCUUCAAAAUGCUGAGGUUGGAGAUCUAGAACAGAGGGACAAUCAAGGCUUGAGGACACCCCGAGGAAGUAUAUUAGUGAAGAAGGUGUUAUCAAACCAGGAGGAUGAUAACUUGGUGGCUGAGAUCAUCGACAUGGUGGCAGACCAAGCCCAACCUAGCCCCAUUUCAGUCCUUGACAGUGCUGCUUUUCAAGAGGACUUUUCACCUCUUCAACUCAGCAAGAGCUUGGAUCCAGAUGAAGGUCUUUAUAAUAAUGCGCAGAGCAUCACCACACAGAUUGUACAGGAAGCCGAUACAGCUCUGCAAGACUCGGUCAAGGGAGCUUUUGAAGCUGUCUCCGCUGUAGAAAACAAUGUACACCAGCUUCUCCUUCUCAGAGACUCUUCCAAGAUUGUUCCUCCGCAAGGCGAAGAUAAAGUCAUAGCAUUACAAGAGAAUGAGGAGAGGAUCUAUGUGCGAGAUGUUCUACUAGUCUCUGGUGCUACAAUGGGAAUCAAGGCAGUGAAUCCAACUGGGAAUCCCAUUGAUAGCACUGUAUACGACUAUCUAGAGGAAAAGAAAGGAAUUGCUGAUUUUGGAUGGGAGAAGAAGAUCGAUGGUGUCCGAGAUUCAGUCAAGUGUGAGGGUGAGAAAGCAAGGCAAGCCAUGGACCGGCGGAUGCUCUUCGAUACGGUGAACGAUAUUCUGACAACAAUGCUGGUCCCUUAUGUAAAUGUGAAGCCUUGGAUACAAGGUUUGGUCUUACCACCUCUGAGGAAAAGACCCAGUGGUCAAAGACUCGUUCAGGAGGUCUGGGAUGAGUUGCAAGCCCUCCCGCCUCGGGAACCUUGUGAUGACAUCUGUGACAGUCUCUAUAUCAUUCUGCAGAAGGACCUUACACUUCCAUUGAAUGCCUGGACAAGCUUUAGUGAAGAAGUUGAAGAAGUAGGUUUGGAGAUAGAAAGGAUGAUUUUUAAGGAACUAGUUGAUGAAAUGGUGUGCUACAUGUCCCAUACUUCCGUGGGAAAUGGGCUUUCCGAACUCUGAGAAGCCCUGUUCACGAUUUGGUUCUGUAAAUUAGUAGGAUAGUGAAAGUACUUAACAAAAGGCAAACAUAUUCCCUGCAAAACUGGCAACCGACGAAUACAUCUGAAGCCCCUUCCUCUUUCCACCAUUUUGUAGUGGCGAUGAAAGGAGUCUUCCAGCAAUUGCUGGACACUAAGUCCGUGGUCGUGUCCCAAUUCGCUGGGCACUGCACUACUUUUCUGUAUCAAUUGACCCAUUGAUAAGUCUAUACUUUAAUUUCAGGAGUCAAACAUCAUCUUAUGAUUC